AAAAGCCCGGGUCUGCUAUAUUGCAUCUGGAGGCCAAUUGACUUCUUUCAAGAUCGCUUCGCUCCUCUUACGGUCUCACCGCUGGGUAAUCCAACUCUGUAGGUGGUCGUCGAAACUUCAUCGUCUAGAAGACUGUUUCGCAGCUACGCUAUUGCUAGAUUUUGGUAGAGUUGCUGAUUGGGUUGCAAGGUCCUUCUUAGAGUGACAUAAACAACAUCUCUAAAAUCGGCAGAAAGUUCCCGUUGCAUAUUGGCAAGUGUAGCGAACGACUAAGACUGCGGGCCGAUUCGUGGCACUCUAAACGUCGUGUUACGAUUCGGCUUCGAAAGCUGGUCGUUCUAGACGGUUGUUGAGAAAGGAACUUCCCAGACAGAGCGAGGCGAAUUUCUCCUACAUUAGACUUCUUUCCAGUCCUCUGGAAGAACCUGGUCCUUGUCUCAGUCAGGUACGCUAGCGUCUCCACUGAAGGCGAUUUGCACAGAUUGACGCUACCCUGUCACCCCGUCCUAUCCUAUCCUUCGACGUCUGGAUAAAAGUCUCACGCUCAUCCGCCAUCGGCCUAAGUCUCCUUUUCCAGCUCAGAUCUCUCGAGCCGGGCGUUGCUUAGAAUUGUUAGAAUAAAUAUCUGGAUUAUCCCUCGAUUAUCCCCUGGACUUUGUGUCACAAGCCCCCCCCAGUCCUCACCUAACCGUUUCUAAUCAUUCGCCAUGAGCUCCGCAACGCUGCAGGACGCACCUACGUCAGGCGUCGUGAUGCGGGACCACCCACAGCAACCAGUCGAGCGUGUUACCGACCAACUGGAGGUUCCUUCGCUAGACGACCGGAAAUAUCGUGUUAUACGUUUAUCUAACCAGCUUGAAGCGCUGCUGGUCCAUGAUCCCGAAACAGACAAGGCCAGCGCCGCAUUGGAUGUUAAUGUCGGCAACUUCAGUGAUGAAGAUGAUAUGCCGGGUAUGGCACAUGCAGUGGAACAUCUUUUAUUCAUGGGUACGAAAAAAUACCCGGUAGAGAAUGCGUAUAAUGUAUACCUCUCUUCUCAUUCGGGAAGCUCGAAUGCUUAUACCGGAGCCACUUCGACGAAUUACUUCUUCGAUAUUGCCGCGAAGCCGAGCAAUGGCGAGGAACCUUCCGAGACAAACCUGUCUCCCCUUUACGGUGGCUUAGAUAGGUUUGCUCAGUUCUUCAUCGAGCCCUUGUUCCUUCCGUCGACGUUGGAUCGUGAGCUACGUGCUGUCGACUCAGAAAACAAGAAGAACCUGCAGAGCGACCAGUGGCGCCUCCAUCAGCUAGAGAAAUCUCUAUCCAACCCUAAGCAUCCGUAUUGUCACUUCUCGACUGGUAACUUCGAGGUACUCAAGACUGAGCCGGAAUCUAAGGGCAUAGAUGUGCGGCAGAAGUUUAUAGACUUUCACGAAAAGCACUACUCUGCCAACAGAAUGAAGCUUUGUGUCUUGGGCCGAGAACCACUAGACGUACUUGAGAAAUGGGUUGCCGAGUUAUUCUCUGGCGUACCAAACAAGAACCUCCCUCAGAAUCGUUGGGAAACAGAAGUGCCCUUCACUAAGGAGCUCCUAUCUAUGCAAUGCUUCGCAAAGCCAGUCAUGGAUUCCAGAGAGCUUAAUCUCUAUUUUCCAUUCUUGGAUGAGGAAUAUCUUUACGAAACCCAGCCGAGUCGGUAUAUUAGCCACCUAAUUGGCCACGAGGGCCCUGGCAGUAUAAUGGCGUACCUAAAAUCGAAGGGAUGGGCCAACUCACUUAGCGCUGGUGCAUAUCAGAUUUGCCCCGGUACUCCCGGCAUUUUUGACUGUCAGAUCCGGUUGACAAAAGAGGGUCUAAAACAUUAUCGAGAGGUCGUCAAAGUAUUCUUCCAAUACGUAUCACUUCUCAAACAAACACAACCUCAAGAAUGGAUAUUCGACGAGCAAAAGGGCAUGGCAGAUGUGGACUUCAAAUUUAAGCAAAAGACACCAGCUAGUCGCUUCACAAGUAGGAUUUGUGCUGUGAUGCAAAAGCCGUUGCCCCGAGAGUGGCUACUCAGCGGCCAAAGCCGCCUACGGAAGUUCGACCCGGAAGCAAUUGUGAAAGGGGUGGAACUAUUGAGACCCGAUAAUUUUAGAAUGACUAUUGUGUCUCGGGACUUCCCGGGGGGUUGGGAUCAGAAGGAGAAGUGGUACGGAACAGAGUAUAAAGCUGAGAAUAUCCCCGAGGAUUUCCUGUCCGAGAUUUCCAAGGCCCUAGAUAGUACUUCCGAGGACCGUCUUCCUGCUCUGCAUCUCCCACACAAGAACCAAUUCAUCCCGACAAAGCUUGAGGUGGAGAAGAAAGAAGUCGAGCGGCCAGCUCUGGCGCCUCGAGUGAUCCGAGAUGAUGAAGUAGCGAGAACGUGGUACAAGAAAGAUGACACAUUCUGGGUCCCGAAAGCGAAUUUAAUCGUCAGCAUCAGGAACCCUGUCAUAUUUGCUUCGGCAGAUAACUCAGUAAGGUCGAAGCUGUUCACGGAUUUGGUACGGGAUGCACUAGAGGAAUACUCAUACGAUGCUGAGCUUGCUGGGCUGCAGUACAACGUCAGUCUUGAUUCUCGAGGGUUGUUCGUCGAGGUGUCCGGUUACAAUGAUAAACUGCCCGUAUUACUGGAGCAGGUUCUUAUUACUAUGCGGGACCUCGAGGUCAAGGACGAACGAUUUGAGAUCAUCAAGGAGAGGCUAACUCGAGGUUACAAAAACUGCGAGCUGCAACAACCUUUUACACAGAUUGGCGACUACGUGUCCUGGCUUACAUCCGAACACGAUUACGUGGUUGAGCAACUGGUCGCCGUGCUACCCGGAAUUACAGCCGAGGACGUAAGACAGUUCUACAAGCAGAUCAUGUCACAGCUGCACAUCGAGGCUUAUGUUCACGGAAAUGUGUACAAGGAGGAUGCCCUCAAGCUAACAGACAUGAUCGAAAAGAUACUAAAGCCCCGAGUCCUGCCAAAGGAGGAGUGGCGUAUCAUUCGGUCGUUAGAUUUCCCUCCAGGGUCAAACUUCGUUUUCAAAAAGAUCCUCAAGGAUCCGGCGAACGUCAAUCACUGCAUCGAGUAUUAUCUCCACAUCGGCGAUAAAGGAGAUCGCCUGAUCCGUGCAAAGACGCAACUUCUUGAUCAGAUCAUCCACGAGCCGGCGUUCGAUCAGCUACGGACUAAGGAGCAGCUUGGCUACGUUGUUUUCAGUGGCCUUAGAAGUUCCGCUACUACGUACGGGUUCCGCUUUAUAAUACAGAGCGAGCGCACUACCGAAUAUUUGGAAUCUCGAAUCGACUCCUUCCUAGCUGCGCAGACAAGUUCUCUAGAAAACAUGAGCAAUACAGAUUUUGAAAGUCACAAGAGGAGCGUGAUAAUCAAGCGUCUUGAGAAAUUAAAGAAUCUGGACCAGGAGACUGGUCGUCACUGGACGCAGAUCAGUAAUGAAUAUUAUGACUUUGAGUCAGCCCAACGAGAUGCAGCCCAAGUUAAGGAACUUACAAAGUCGGAGAUGAUAGAGUUCUACUCAACCUAUAUCAAGCCCACAUCACCAACCCGGGCGAAAUUGGUCGUACAGCUCAUCGCUCAGGGUGUUAGCCCCAAAGCGAAGGAGGUCGAGGAGUCGACAAACGGAGACACAACUAUAAUAUGGUCAAAUGGUACAGAGCCGGUCUUGAUACGAAACGUGCGGGACUUCAAAGCAAGACUGUCAGUGACUCCAGGAGCUCGUCCGGUUAGGGACCUCAGCGACUUUGAGGAAAUAGACUCCAAGCUUUGAGACAAAUUUUUGGGAGGAAGUGUUUGGUAGAAAUUAGAACGCAAAGUGCUAUACCCAUCUGUUUGCAUAGUACAUUUACAGCGUAUUUGGUUUCUGGGCAAGAAAGGCCAGUACGGUACAUUUCAAUGUGAAAUGAAAUCGCGUGAGUAAGUACCUAACCUAGGUACAUAGAUAGAUCAUGCGUUUCUUAGACUUUCUCUAGAAGUUACCUGGCGGGAAAUGUCUUAUUGUUGUUGGUUUUUCUUUAGUCUGCGUGCGGCCGGACCGAAGAAGAAAAAGAACUCGAGACGUGGGGAUAAUUAGAAGUAGACGUGGAAAACUAGAGACAACAAUAGCUGCUUAGAAACAUUGACUAGAGGGGGAGUCUUUAAAAAUGCAUACCUAGG